CUUCCACCGUAGGGCUGAGUCUCAAAGCCUCCUUAGUUGUCUUCCCGGGAGGCACCCAGCGGCAGCAGCUCAGCGUCGCGGAGCAUCCGCAGCCGCCACCAGGCCCCGCCCAGAGGCAGCCGAGAGCAAGGCCUCGCCAGGAACGACUGCAGAGCGCGCCUUUUCCCGGCGUCAGUCUUACACCACCUCCAGAGCCGGAUCUUUCUCCGUCGGGGUUCUCCGCAGAGACCGCUGCCAUGCCUGUGACAGUGACCCGCACGACCAUCACAACCACCACGUCAUCAUCCUCAGGCCUGGGCUCCCCAACUAUCGUGGGGUCCCCUCGGGCGCUGACCCAGCCCCUGGGCCUCCUCCGUCUGCUGCAGCUGCUGUCCACCUGUGUGGCCUUCUCCCUGGUGGCCAGUGUGGGUGCUUGGACCGGGGCCAUGGGCAACUGGUCCAUGUUCACAUGGUGUUUCUGCUUCGCUGUGACCCUCAUCAUCCUAAUAGUUGAGUUAGGUGGCCUCCAGUCCCGCUUCCCCUUGUCCUGGAGAAACUUCCCCAUCACCUACGCCUGCUACGCUGCCCUCUUCUGCCUGUCGGCCUCCAUCAUCUACCCCACCACCUACGUCCAGUUCCUGCCUCACGGCCGCUCCCGGGACCAUGCCAUCGCCGCCACUGCCUUCUCCUGCAUCGCUUGUGUGGCUUAUGCCACCGAAGUGGCCUGGACCCGGGCCCGUCCCGGAGAGAUCACCGGCUACAUGGCCACCGUGCCGGGCCUGCUCAAGGUGCUGGAGACCUUUGUGGCCUGCAUCAUCUUCGCCUUCAUCAGCAACCCCUCCCUAUACCAGCACCAGCCGGCCCUGGAGUGGUGUGUGGCCGUCUACUCCAUCUGUUUCAUCCUGGCGGCUGUGGCUAUCCUACUGAACCUGGGGGACUGCACCAACAUGCUGCCCAUCUCCUUCCCCAGUUUUCUGUCAGGCCUGGCCCUGCUCUCCGUCCUGCUGUAUGCCACGGCUCUGGUUCUCUGGCCACUCUACCAGUUCAAUGAGAAGUAUGGUGGCCAGCCCCGUCGGUCAAGGGAUGUUAGCUGCGCCAACAGUCACACCUACUACGUGUGCGCCUGGGACCGCCGCCUGGCUGUGGCCAUCUUGACAGCCAUUAACCUGCUGGCUUAUGUGGCUGACCUGGUGUAUUCGGCCCGCCUGGUUUUUGUUAGGGUUUGAGGCUCCCACAAAGGAGGCUCUCAAUUCCCUUUUGUUGGCAGAGGUUUCUCUCCUGAGUUCUUAUUUCUUCUUCCUGGCUACCUCUCUCCUACCUCUCUCAUUUCCUUCCUGAUUUGUCUUGACCCCUUCUGUUUCUUUACUCCACUCUCCUGUUUCCUCUUGCUCCGUCUUUACCUAUUCUGUUCCUUGCUUCUUUUUCUGGUCCUCAUUUGUUUUCUCACCUGCCUGUCUCCUGGCCACCUCUGUCGCAAUUUCUCUCUUAUGAUUUCCUUGGGAGCUCUGAGACUUCUUUCUUCUCUGCCCCUACUCCACUGCCUACCCACACCCCCUGCCUCCGAAGGUGCUGAGCUCCACAUCCCACACCCCUCUCUGCAGCUGUUCAUACCCUGGGCCUCCCGAGGGGUCUCAUUGCCAAAGCAUGCAAGCCCGCCCUGCUUGUGCCUUAGCUGGUGUGUACGUGUGUGUUGGGGGGAGGGGAUGGGUAGCUAGGGAUGGGCUCCAUUUCUCCUGGUGGAGGGGGGCGUACAUUACAUGUCCCCUUAAGAUUAAAAAAAAAAAAAAUCUGGAGGCCAAUGAUUUCCAGUGGGCAUGAGGCUUAAAGCACGGACCCUGGGGCCCUGGGCCCUAUCUUGGCACCCAGCCUCGCCAGAGACUGGCUCCAGGAUUUUGGCUAAGCUUACUAAAAAUCCAUUGCCCAGAGACCAUCAUAAAGGAAGAAAAGGGUGGAUACUUUCCAUCCCAGCUGCUCUCUGGGUUAUUGGAAAAGUGGCUGGCAAAGAACUGUAUGGGCUUAAGGACAACUGUCUGAAGUAUUUAUGGGGGGCAGGGAUGUGACUCUCCUGCCUCAGUGUUAAAAACAGCAUAUACUGCCUUUGCUGGGAGAAGAGGAUGGCCACUGCCGGCCUUAAAGGCAACGUCAGCCUGGGUUUGUUUAUCUUUUCCUUUUCCUGGUCAUGAGGGCAAAACUUACUGGGUGACCCUUAUCUAAAAGGAGAAGUUUCUUUCUCAGUGUCUUUUUCUUGG